AGAGCUCCCAAAGGGUUUAGACGAGAGGACGAUCGGGUCACUUACAUUAACAAAGGCCAGUUCUAUGGCAUCACAUUAGAGUUCAUUCCAGACCCCGACAAACCAUUAAAGAGUUCAAUGGUUAAGUCACUUAUUAUGCUUGUGUUUCGUGAGGAGAAAUUGCACGACGAAGAGGUGAAGGCCUGGCAGUUCUGGCACAGCCGACAACAUAGUGUCAAACAACGUAUUCUUGACGCUGACACCAAGAAUUCGGCCGGAAUUGUGGGUCCCAUCGAAGAAAUAACACACAAUGCCAUCGCUUUCUAUUGGAAUCCAUUGGAAGGACCGGCAAAAGUCAACGUUGCCGUCCAAUGCCUUAGCACUGACUUUAGUAAUCAAAAAGGAGUGAAAGGCCUUCCAUUACAUUUACAACUCGACACUUUUGAUGACUUUCGGGAGGGCAGUACACCUGUCCAUCGGGGCUAUUGUCAGAUCAAAGUAUUCUGUGAUAAGGGCGCCGAAAGGAAAACACGGGACGAAGAGAGAAGAGCUGCCAAACGAAAACUUUCCGCCACUGGAAUACACCUGUCCAUCGGGGCUAUUGUCAGAUCAAAGUAUUCUGUGAUAAGGGCGCCGAAAGGAAAACACGGGACGAAGAGAGAAGAGCUGCCAAACGAAAACUUUCCGCCACUGGAAGUAUGA